GACGAGGGUCAGUGUAGAUAUUAACUGUGUAUUUCCAGCACUGAUAUCUUCAAUGCUACAGGAAGACUUUCAACAGGACAAACAAUGAACUGCAGAGGUUUUUCAAAAACAUCAAUAGAUUUACAUAUGAAGCUUCUACUGAUAUCAUCCAUCUUGGCCUCAGCCUCUAGCAACAGAAUCGUCACUGGGAUUAUAGAUGAGAAUGUGAUUCUGCCUUGUACUGUCACACAUAAGGAGGACUUUUCAUAUAAUACAGUGAAGGUUAUGUGGAGAAUGAAAGACCUUCGGGUGCACUAUUUUAUUUCUGGAGUAUUUAAGGAGGACCUUCAGUGUAAGACAUUUUCAGGAAGAACUCAACUUUUUCCAGAAGAGUUUCCUAAGGGAAAUAUGUCACUGUUACUUAAAAAUAUACAAUCAUCUGAUGCUGGGACAUAUGAUUGUUUUGUACUUCUUCAGGAGUAUCCUUUUCAUUUUGUAACAAACGUGGAACUUGUGGUUCAAGAUAAAACAUAUGGAUGUGCAAAUGAAACUUCACUUUCACUUGGCGUGGCAAUUAUCUGUCUUAUCCUGGUACUGUGUGUGUUACUACGGAGAAGGAAGAGGAGCAGAGGAAGAACUGGAAUAUCAUUAGGUAACGAGAAACAAGAAAUGAAAAAGACCUUGUAAUUGCACAUUAUACAACACAGAUUAUCUACAACCCAAACGAAAGAAAAAGGAUAAAAGGAAUCUCAAAAUAUGUUGUGCAAGUAUUCUGAUGAAUAAAUAAAGGAAACAAAA